ACUCGUUACCAGGAGGAUCCUUCCGCCUUGGUGAGCUGCGUUUACUCCUUCUUCUUUCCUCGGACCACUCCUCUACAAACAACCGAGAGAAAGUGAACGGGUAGCAAAGAGGAGAAAGGAUACAGUCCAUACUUUAAUAAUCUUGAUUGAGUUUAGAGUGCUGGGCACUCCCAGCCUUCAACACCAUGGGGGAACUCUUUAGGAGUGARGAGAUGACCCUGGCCCAGCUCUUCCUCCAGUCGGAAGCUGCUUACUGCUGUGUCAGUGAACUGGGAGAGAUUGGGAUGGUGCAGUUCCGUGAUCUAAAUCCUGAUGUAAACGUUUUCCAGAGAAAGUUUGUUAAUGAAGUGCGGCGAUGUGAGGAGAUGGAUCGCAAACUGAGAUUUGUUGAAAAAGAAAUUAAGAAGGCCAACAUUCCCAUAAUGGACACAGGAGAAAACCCUGAAGUUCCUUUUCCAAGGGACAUGAUUGAUCUGGAGGCUACGUUUGAGAAGCUCGAGAAUGAGCUGAAGGAAAUAAACACCAACCAGGAGGCUCUGAAGAAGAACUUCCUGGAAUUGACUGAACUCAAGCACAUUUUGCACCGUACUCAGCAGUUUUUCAAUGAGGUCGGUUUUAUUCCUUUUACAGACCUCUGCAGUGUCUUGCUGAUAAAAAAUAAAACAAAAAAAAUUGUUUUUCAAUGUGUGUGCUGCAGAUUUGUGGCUGGAGUCAUAGGCAGGGAACGUAUUCCCACAUUUGAGAGGAUGUUGUGGCGAGUUUGCAGAGGAAACGUGUUCCUGCGKCAGGCAGAUAUAGAAGACCCCCUWGAGGAUCCCACCUCAGGUGACCAGGUCCACAAGUCCGUCUUCAUCAUAUUUUUCCAGGGAGACCAGCUGAAGAAUAGAGUUAAGAAAAUCUGUGAGGGCUUCAGAGCAACAUUGUACCCGUGUCCAGAAACCCCCCAGGAGAGGAAAGAGAUGCUUGCAGGAGUGAAUGCUCGCAUUGAUGACCUGCAAAUGGUUCUGAACCAGACUGAAGAUCACAGGCAGAGGGUUCUGCAGGCUGCGGCCAAGACCGUCAGGGUGUGGUUCAUCAAGGUGAGGAAGAUGAAGGCCAUCUACCACACCCUCAACCUCUGCAACAUUGACGUCACGCAGAAGUGUCUGAUCGCCGAGGUGUGGUGUCCUGUGUCUGACAUGGACUCCAUCCAGUUUGCACUGCGGAGGGGGACCGAGAAGAGUGGCUCCACCGUGCCUUCCAUUCUCAAUCGAAUGCAGACCAAACAGACCCCACCCACGUAUAACAAGACGAACAAGUUCACCUCUGGAUUCCAGAACAUUGUGGACGCUUAUGGGAUUGGCAGCUACCGGGAAAUGAACCCAGCGCCAUACACCAUUAUUACCUUCCCCUUCCUGUUUGCUGUCAUGUUUGGUGACUUGGGCCAUGGGACACUCAUGACCUGCGCUGCUCUCUACCUUGUGAUAAGAGAAAGCAGGCUGAUGGCCCAGAAGAAUGAUAACGAGAUAUUCAACAUGGUGUUCGCAGGACGCUAUAUCAUACUGCUGAUGGGAAUAUUCUCAAUGUACACUGGGCUUAUUUACAACGACUGCUUCUCAAAGUCCCUCAAUAUGUUCGGCUCUGGGUGGAGCGUGAGACCCAUGUUUAAAGGAGGCAACUGGACAGAUGAGACACUUAAAGGCAACAGAGCCCUGCAGUUGGAUCCUGCAUUGGAUGGAGUUUUUAAAGGGCCAUACCCCAUUGGAAUUGAUCCAAUAUGGAGUAUUUCUAUCAACAAGUUGUCAUUUUUGAACUCCUUCAAGAUGAAGAUGUCUGUUGUCAUGGGAGUCAUCCACAUGCUUUUUGGAGUCACUCUAAGUCUCUUCAACCAUCUGUAUUUCAAAAAGCCACUGAACAUCUACUUGGGAUUCAUCCCAGAGAUCCUCUUCAUGUCCAGUCUGUUUGGCUACUUGGUCAUUCUGAUCUUCUUUAAGUGGGUGUCUUUUAAUGCCCACACCUCCAGAGAUGCUCCCAGUCUCCUCAUUGCCUUCAUCAACAUGUUUCUCUUCAGCUACAAYGACCCCACUAUCAAACCUCUCUACAGGGGCCAGAUGGGGCUGCAAAUAUUCUUGGUGAUAAUUGCCUUAGCAUGUGUUCCCUGCAUGUUGGUCGUGAAAACCCUGGUUUUACGGAGACAGUAUUUGUGGCAAAAGCAUCUGGGCACACAGAACUUUGGAGGGAUCCGAGUGGGCAACGGYCCCACCGAGGACGAGGCGGAAAUCAUCCAGCACGACCAGCUGGCGCAGCAGACCGAGGAUGAACCUGAGGCCCCUGAGGAGGAAGAGUUUAACUUUGCAGAUAUGGCUGUGCAUCAGGCCAUUCACACCAUUGAGUACUGCCUCGGCUGCAUCUCUAACACCGCUUCCUAUCUGCGGCUCUGGGCCCUCAGUCUCGCUCAUGCACAGCUGUCAGAGGUGCUUUGGUCCAUGGUGAUGCGCCUCGGCCUUUCAUCUCGAAACUUUGGCGGUUUCGUCCUUCUGGCCAUCAUCUUUUGCUUCUUUGCUGUUCUCUCAGUUGUCAUUCUGAUCAUUAUGGAAGGACUGUCUGCCUUUCUGCACGCACUUCGACUGCACUGGGUGGAGUUCCAGAACAAAUUCUACGUAGGUCAGGGCUUCAAAUUUCUCCCGUUCACCUUUGACAGCAUCUUAGAGGGAAGAUUUGAAGAAUGAAACGGCUUUUUUUUUUACGCCUGGUUCUCCCAUAACUUCAGAAGUGUUUUUYGUUGUUGUACUUUUUUGUGUGUGCUUGUGAUUAAAACUCUACAUUACCAGAACAGCUCUGGUAACGACUCAUGA